CCCAGAUAGGGGACCUGUGAUCACAUCAUGCUGAGCUCUAAUAAGUAGCAGUAUAUGAUUACAAACUAGUGGAGCCUCUGGGUUCCCAUCAGGGUCAAAAUGUGCCCAAGAUUCUGUGAGCAGCAAGAAAGAAGCAAGUGUGGAAGUGACCCUCAUGUUCAUAGGGUGACUUUACCCCAACUGUGGACAAGGAAGCAGAGGAGAGGAGAGAACAUGCUAUUUGCUAGAAUUCCCCCUUCUGCUAAACCAUCUCCUCCUGUGGUCUCGGGCCCUGCAGGCAGAGUUAGUCCUGGGCAGACAGUGAGCUUCACAUGCAAGUCCCAUGGCUUCUUUCCUUGGACCAUCACACUUAAGUGGUUCAAAGAUGGAAAUGAGCUCCCUCACUUCCGAACGACUGUGGACCCCAAAGGAGAAAGCGUCUCCUACAAUCUCUCCAGCACAGCCCAGGUGGUGCUGAGCCCUCAGGAUGUCCACUCUCAAGUCAUCUGUGAGGUGGCCCAUGUCACCUUGCAAGGAGGCCCUCUCCGUGGGACUGCCAACUUGUCUGACACCAUCCGAGAACUGAAGAUAUCAGAUACUGCUGAAAUCCUUGUAGCUCUGCUCCUUGGACCCAAACUGCUACUGGUAAUUGGUGUCAUUGCCAUCUACAUGCACAAGAAGCAGAAGGCCUGAUUCUCUUCUCUUCAUCUUCUGCCACAUUGGACCCUGGGUAUCUGACAUCACCUUUCUUGGAAAGGCUCAGACUACAAGAAGCUGGUGGGAAGCUGUGGAAGGCUGCUACAAAUGCCUCCCUUAUGAGGACAACUCCAACUCAGAAUUCCUUGUCGUUCCUCUGCAUAAACAUUGAUAUCUCAGAGUUGUGAUGCUUUGGUUAUUGUAUUCUAUUCUUGGGGUUCUAAUCUCAUUAAUAAAAGAUUUUAAUAAUGUGA